UGCUCCAACCCUUUAGGGGUCGCCUCGUAACAGCGAUCUUUGUUUUCUUUUCACAUUCACAAAGAACUGUUAUUAUUCUCAUUUCGACAAACGCCGAAUGACACGGUUGUUAACCGGGUGGUGUACACGUUAUCCCGCCAAUUAUAAAUGACUUUUGUCUACAGAUGUGAUUGUUCGCAUCUUGUAAAAUUCGUUUGUGACGGAGGAAGCAACAGCCGCUUGCUAGCUAGCUAGCUAGUCAGGUAGGCAGCGAACGAGCUAAACAUCACACACGACGAGUGGAUGAGUACUAUGUGAUCUGACUUAAAAUAUAAGAAUGUCGAUAAAACAAAUGUCAUGUUAAUGUGAAGUUGCUGGACGAGUUAGAAAACUUGAACAGGUGCUGGUCGUGUUCCUGUCGCUUGCUGUCAUUAACUGACUAGUUUAUUGUGAUCGGGUCUGAUUUUGAGAAAAUGGGCUCGAUUUUAAGUCGAAGGAUUGCAGGUGUUGAGGAUAUCGACAUCCAGGCUAACUCUGCUUACAGAUAUCCCCCCAAAUCAGGAAAUUAUUUUGCUGGCCACUUUUUCAUGGGGGGAGAGAAGUUUGACACCCCUCAUCCAGAGGGAUAUCUUUUCGGGGAAAACAUGGAUCUCAACUUUCUUGGCAACCGUCCUGUGCAGUUUCCCUAUGUUACUCCAGCCCCACAUGAGCCAGUCAAAACAUUGAGAAGUCUGGUCAACAUCAGAAAAGACUCGUUACGAUUAGUCAGAUACAAAGAGGAUGCUGAUUCUCCUAUCGAUGAAGGAGUAAAACCGAGGGCCUUGUAUGGAGUAGAGUUCACAUUUGAUUCAGAUGCUCGAGUGGCCAUAACAGUCUACUGUCAGGCGUUUGAGGAGUUCUCGAAUGGCAUGGCAAUAUACAGCCCUAAAAUCCCUGUACUGGUCUCCGAGACUGUAUAUUACAAAAGAGGAGUUAGCCAGCAGUUUAGUCUGCCAUCCUUCAAGAUUGAUUUCUCUGAGUGGAAGGAAGAAGACUUGAACUUUGAACUGGACAGAGGCGUCUUUCCUCUGGUGAUUCAGGCUGUAGUUGAUGAAGGAGACGAUUGUCUGGGUCAUGCGCAUGUACUGCUGGCAGCGUUUGAAAGACACGUUGAUGGGAGCUUCUCAGUGAAGCCUUUGAAACAGAAACAAAUAGUGGAUCGUGUUAGUUACUUAUUGCAGGAGAUUUAUGGGAUUGAGAACAAGAACAAUCAAGAGACAAAGCCGCCUGAUGAUGAGAACAGCGACAACAGCAAUGAGUGUGUGGUGUGUCUGUCGGAUCUACGGGACACCCUGAUUUUGCCCUGUAGGCACUUGUGUCUGUGUAACUCCUGCGCUGACACUCUACGCUACCAGGCCAACAACUGCCCCAUCUGUCGCUUACCGUUUAGAGCCCUUCUUCAGAUCCGAGCUGUUAGAAGGAAACCCGGAACACUUUCUCCCGUUUCCUUCAGCCCAGUUCUGGCUCAGAGCAUGGACCAUGAAGAGCAUUCAAGUUCCGACUCUAUUCCUCCUGGCUUUGAGCCCAUCUCUCUCCUGGAGGCUCUUAAUGGGCACGGCGCCGUGUCCCCUGGCAUCCCGUCCGCCCCCCUGUACGAUGAGAUCAACUUCUCUGGGAGUCUGAGUGGAGAAAGCAGACAGCUCAGUUCACCCGAGCACUCUGGAGACAGCGGAGGACAGAAGAGUAAAGUCAGCAAGUCGCCGGAUAGUCUCUCAUCUGACUGCAGCACUCUGCGCUCUCCGUCGUCUCCCAUUCAAGAGGAGGAUGAAGAGAAACUGUCCGAGAUGUCUGACGCACAGGCUCACAUGCUGCUCUCCAGUAGCCCCGCCCCCACUGAGGGUACUGCAGGGGAUGAUGCUCCUGACUCUCUGUCUCCUGAAGACGAGGAUGGACUGAAUCUAGACGAAGAAGCCACGAAUGACUGUAGCAGCGAGCACAGCAGCUUGACCAAAACUGAAAGCGAUCCUCCCGGAGAUCUGUCCCUCCAGGCUCUAGGUCCUGAUUCCUGCUCUAUUGGUUUGGAAGAGUAACUGGAUUGUCAGGUUCGUCAGAAAGUCUGAGCACCCAGAGCACCUGCUGCUCCAGUCAGCCGCUUCUGGGGGCUUCAAGUCAUUUGCACAUGGAUGAUGAAGAACUGGAUGUUUAACCACGCAGGCUCAACCGCCUCCCUGAAGCAUCUGAAAUCCGUUUAACAUGAGUGACUUUGAACAUCGUCUUUUCUAAAUCCAUGGUCAUUUUACUUAUUUUAACAUGUGAUUUGGGCAUAUCAGUUUUGUUUUCUGAUGGUCUAUUACGUUUCAUAGACUUGUUUGUGAUAUUAGGGCUUUGUCUCUCAUCACAUUGCCUACUUAAGAGUAGUUCACUCAGAAAUGGGGAUACUUUUGGUCAUAAUUUGGACUUUUUCAUUUUUGGGGGAACUAUUGAAGUGAGAGGUGGUUUGUAAAAGGUCUCAUUCCUGUUAUUUUGUGUAUAUUUUUAUGUUUUAAGGAGGUUUAGAGAGCAGCUAUGAUAUCUUGGAAUAUAAUAAAAUGUAAUGCUGAGCUGUAAUAUAGAGCUUUGACCGUGCAUUAUAUAAUAACAUGAAGUGAUGUAUAACCAGUUAGGGUUCAAAUACAAAGCACAUUUAAAUCUGUUUCUCAUCAUAUCAAGGAUAUCUGUAAAAUUCAGAUUAAGCGUAAAUGGUGAUCCAACAAAUAAUCGUGUGAUAAAUUAUUUAGUGAAUAAUACAGAAAUAUUCUUAAUGCGUUCAAAUGUUUUGUAACAAGUGUCUCUAAUUUUUUGUGUGCUAACUGAAGAAAUGCAACUCAAUAUAUAUUCAUUAUUUAAAAUGUAAUACUAUUAGUGAUCAUUCAGAUACUGUGGGUUGACUUCUUGUCAGUUUUAUGACCAAAUAUUGUGUGGUCGGUCUAACAGUGCUUUAAAUGUGCUCGCCUUUCCAGCUAUUUAUGCUCUUUGAGUCCUGAAAAGCCCUGGUGAGGUGUGUUUACCUCCAUUUUUGCUUGUAUAUGUAUUGUAAUUUGAACUUAAAAAAAAAUGUUUUCAUCAUUUAUUCAUUCAGGUAUUAUUUAAUAACAGUAUGGUAUUGUGAAGAUUUAAAGAUCAGAUGAGGACUCUGCAUCUGAAGAGGCAAAGAUGAGCUCAAUGCUGCCCACUGCUGGUUAAAGAGUCACAAGAUGCAUGAAAUGUCAUUGUUCUCUGGAAACAUGCAGAUAUGCAGUGUCUCGUAGCAUAAUGCAUAGAGGUUUAUGUGCCUUUAAAGAUCUAAGCAAGUGAUGCUACAGCUUUUGCUCAUAGCUGUGCUUCUCAUUGGCUGUUAAUCGUUAAAUCUGUAAACUUAAGCCUUGACAAGCAUUUGAUGCGAGUCUAAUGUUUUUAUUUGUCAUUUACAUUAUAAACAGAGAACAUACUAUUCAUUUUCCACUAGGUAGCUUAAUUCUGUUGCUUUUAUUGACCAUAGAUGCAAAUAAACUUUGUAAUGUUAUUUGACAUGAUCUUAGUAACACAUUGAAUUCAAUACUUUAUCUCUGUUAACGCGAAGUUGCUCUGAAAAUGUUUUGUAAAAGCGCUGAGUAACAUUAUUACUGGUGGUGUAUUCAUUGCUUAACAAAAGUCUGAAUAACAAAAAGUAUGAAUUGUCACAGCUAUGAAACAUAUUUCAUAUGUCAGAAAAUGUUUCAAUUUUAUAUUAAGUUCAUGGAAAGUAAAAUGCUUAAGUUUUGAAAUCUUUA